AAAAAAAAGGAAAGAAAAAGAAUCUGAUUUUCUUUUGUCUUCCAAUUCCAACAAAGCUCAAACGAACCACCUCUCUCCUCAUUUACACGAGUUUAAUGUUUAUUUGAUUAACUUAUUAUGUUAGAGGUACAGAGAUGAUACCAAUGAAAAGGCUACACGAAAAAAGAACACACACAAAACCAACCAAAUAAAAAACAUUACUAUACAUAUAUCUUUCUUUUUCUAAGGUUUUCUUUAUAUUUUCCAUUUAUGUAUUGCUCUUUUUGAUUCUCUACUUGAGGAAAUGAUGAACAUCAUCAGCCAUCUUGAAGCAGACUGCUCUGAGUUUGUUGAAGUUGAUCCUUCUGGAAGAUAUGGAAGAUACAAUGAAGUUCUUGGUAAAGGAUCUUCAAAGACCGUUUACAGAGGAUUUGAUGAGUAUGAAGGUAUAGAAGUAGCAUGGAACCAAGUAAAGCUCUAUGAUUUCUUGCAGAGUCCUCAGGAACUGGAGAGGCUCUACUGUGAGAUACAUCUCCUCAAAACACUAAAACACAAGAGCAUCAUGAAGUUCUACACUUCUUGGGUCGACACCGAUAAUCGAAAAAUUAACUUCAUCACUGAAAUGUUCACUUCUGGUACCCUAAGACAGUAUAGGCUAAAGCACAAGAGAGUAAACAUAAGAGCAGUGAAGCAUUGGUGUAGACAGAUCUUAAGAGGCUUAGACUAUCUUCAUACCCAUGACCCUCCUGUGAUCCACAGAGAUCUCAAGUGUGACAACAUUUUCGUUAAUGGGAACCAAGGAGAAGUAAAGAUUGGAGAUCUUGGUCUUGCUGCCAUGUUACAAAACUCUCACGCUGCUCAUUGUGUUGGGACACCAGAGUUCAUGGCUCCUGAAGUCUAUGAAGAAGAAUACAACGAACUAGUCGAUAUUUACUCGUUUGGAAUGUGCGUUUUGGAAAUGGUAACGUUUGAUUACCCUUAUAGUGAGUGUACUCACCCUGCUCAGAUCUACAAGAGAGUUAUAUCGGGCAAGAAACCAGACUCAUUAGACAAGGUGAAGGACAGAGAGGUUAGAGGCUUUAUAGAGAAGUGCUUGGCCAGUGCAUCCCUCAGACUCUCAGCUCGUGAACUACUAGACGACCAGUUUCUUUGUAUAGACAACCACAAUGAUCAAAACCAAUGGGCUUAUUACAAUGGAGAUGAGAUUGUUGAGUCACACGGAAUAGAGAUCUUUGAGUUUCAAAACGAUGAUGAUCAUGAAGAAACAGAAGAGUAUGAUAACAAGUUUGACAAUGUCCACAUAAGCAUUAAAGGUAAGAGAAGAGACAAUGGUGAUGGACUGUUCCUGAGACUCAGAAUCGCCGAGAAGGAAGGGCUUGUGAGAAACAUAUACUUCCCGUUUGACAUAGAAAGCGACACAGCAAUUAGCGUUGCAAGGGAGAUGGUGGAAGAGCUGGAGAUGGACGACCGCGAUGUGACAAAGAUAGCCAACAUGAUCGAUGGAGAGAUUGCUUCUCUGGUUCCUGAUUGGAGAUCAGGCCUAGGGGUUGAGAGCAGCUUUUGCAGCUGCGCCUCGAACCGUUCAGACAUAGACUUCAACGUGAGACAGUGUUGUAGAAACAUUUGUGGAGAGAAGCAUGGACGGUUUGAGGAGAUCACUUUGGGAGUAAACAACUCUGACGAAGAAGAGUUGUUUUCUUGUAUGUCAAGUAACUAACUACAACAUACAUGUAUGUUGUUAAUAACGAGCUUUGGGAAAAGCUUUACUCCCAUGGAAAAAUGACAUUUUCGCUGUCUUUUGUUAAUAUGUGUAGAAUUAUUUGCAGUAAUGUUGACAAACCAAAAAUAUCACAGUAGUUAUUUAA